AGGGCGUUUAGGCCCGUGCCGCGUCACAACACGCCUCCUCCAUCCAUCACCCAACAAUAACCAACACGGAAAUAUAACAGUUACAGUGAAAGAACAGACAAGUUUGGCGGGAAAGAUCGCCGCCGUCCUCUCCUCAGUCUCAGUGACCAGUCCAAAGGGCGCCGGAGCCAUGGAGUGGCGCUUGACUACAGUAGGGACAGGUCGGACCUGGAGUAACGCCAAUGGCGACAUUCUGCGCACCAGGGAGUACAAGCUCCCGCAUACGGACUCCGGCCAGAACUCCCUCGAGUACUGGGACUACUCAGUUGAGCUCGAGAUGCUCAAGGGCCCCGAAGACCUGCAGUUGGCGGCUGAGCUGGGCAAGACCCUGCUGGAGAGGAACCGGGAGCUGGAGUCCAACAUAAAGCACCAGCACGCCGUCAUAGAGGACCAGCUCCAGGAGAUCGAG